CAUGGAAAAUGGGUAGUGUAAUCAUGGAAAUGGUUGUAACAUAACCAUGUAAAUGUAUGUAGUGUAACCAUGGAAACGGGCGUAGCAUAACCAAGCAGUGAGUGUAGCCACUGAUCCGUGUAGUUUGUUUGUAUGUAUAGUAGCUGUUUAUCAAUCAGUCCAUGUUAUAAUUAUAUUUCUAUCACACGGCUGAUGAGAGCUGGUCAGUAUGAACAGACCUGCACUAGACCUGAUUUCAUACUCAAACUCUACAUCACUUUAACUAGGGCUGGGUUUUGGGUGUUUGGGGGAGGGGCAUGCCCCCCAUGUCCGGUGGAAACGCUGUGUAUGUGGUGUGUAUGGGUGUAUGUGGUGCGAUUCGUCUGGUGGAGUAUUCCAGUAGCGAGUAGAGUCGUGUAUCUGCUGCUAAAUCGUGAGAGAAACAUCUGGGCCUCAGCUGCAGCGCUCCAUUCCUCAGCCCAACCCCAGGGCUUUUUUUAGACUCAGACCAUGAGACUGGAACGCUCCUCCACUGGCUUCUGGACUUCCUCAGCAGUGCGGCAGGGCUGAGACGGGGUGUAGAGUUAAAUGGCGGUUACACUCAGGCAGUGACAGACACACCCUCAGCUCUCAGACGGCCCUUUAACCUUUACCAGGAUGCACGCCAUUCAGGUGGACUCAGUGCAGCGCUGGAUGGAAGAUCUGCGUCACAUGACGGAGGUGGAGUGUAUGUGUGUUCUGCAGUCGAAGCCCAUCGGAGUGGACGAGGACUCUCCGGGCGAGCUCAUCGUGUCCGGCGUGGGCGCCACCGGCGAUCACGUGACCCGCGACAAUCUGCAGACGCUCCUGAAGAGGGCGCUGGUGGUCAGCACUGAGCUGGGGAAGAUGUUCCAGAGGCUGGAGCGAGGCCGCUGGCAGCGCGUCCACGGCACGGCCGUCAGGGCCAACUGCCACGUCCGCUCACUAGUGCACGAGUAUAGCGCUGCCCGGGGCACGCCCGCACACAUGCAGAAGUAUGAAACAGCCCUGCUGGAGAAGUGCAUGGAGCUCACUGUUAUUACUGAGAGGUGCCUUCACACUGAUGAUGAGUAUUUCCUGAAGUCAAUGAAGGAGGCCAUUCACGAAAUCCUCACCGACGUCAGUGACUCCUUCAGCCAAAUGAUUGACAUGGCCCUAGCCAAUGAAAUACAAAUCCUGAUCAAGCAGGUUGAAGAAUCAGACGACGUGUUCGUCAUUGAAAACGCCAUCAGCAACCUGCUGUCUCUCACUCAGGAUGGACCACAGCUGUGCAGCAUCAUUGCCAAGGAAGGAGCUGUGGUGGCUCUGCUGAAGAUCUGCAGGCAGGACUGCUUCAGCAGCCUUUACGCUCAUGCGCUGAGGACCGUGGCCUCCAUCUGCUGUGUGGAGGAAGGCAUCACCCAACUGGAAAAGGUGGACGGUGUCCUGUGUCUCGCUGAUAUCCUGACGGACGAGGCGUGUGCAGAAGCAGCUCGAGCUGAAGCAGCGGCGGUCGUGGCUCAGAUCACUUCUCCUCACCACACGUCCACUCAGCACCUGGCCAGCUUUCUGGAGAGCAUGCAGGACAUCGUCACUGCCCUCAUCAAGCUGUGUGAGAGCGCCUCGUGUGGAGAAGUGUUCCUCUUAGCUUCCGCUGCCCUGGCUAACAUCACCUUCUUCGACAGCAUGGCGUGUGAGAUCCUGCUGCAGCUCAACGCUGUUCACAUUCUCCUCCAGGCCUGCAGGGACCGCCAGCGAGUCGACACGCCGUACUCGAAAGACCAGGUUGUGACAAUUUUGGCAAAUCUGUCUGUUUUGGAGCAGUCCGCCUCCGAGGUCCUGCAGGAGAACGGAAUUGAGCGGCUGCUGCUGUUGUUGGGUGAGAAGCCUUCAUCCUCCAAUCCAUCAGAGGGCGCUGCAUGUGAGCGGGUUCAGCAGAAGGCUGCCGUCACGCUGGCUCGUCUCAGCAGAGACCCGGAUGUCGCACAGGCUGCCAUUGAGCUUCAAGCUGUGCCGCGUCUCAUUGAGCUGUGCCGCUCUCCGGCCGAGAGGAACAACAGCGACUCUGUGCUGGUCGCCUGUCUGGCUGCUCUGAGGCGACUGGCCGCUGGUUGUCCAGACAGCAUCGCUCCAUCUGACCAUCAGCAGCUCAUUAAGCCAAGACUGGUCGACUCGUUUCUGCUCUGCUCCAACAUGGAGGAAAGCUUCGUCUGAGUGA